AUGACGACGACCACGCUUUAUGCGCUGCUGUCCAACAAGAUCGCCAACCUCUCAAUUCUUAGCUUCGAUCCGGGCUCGGAAGUGGUCCACAAGGAGGUGAUCCAAGCGAAGAUACUGCAUCACAACGAGUACACGCUCCUGUCGAUGUUGGCCGAUCUCGAUGGCGUCAUCAACGAGCGCGGUUUCUUCAGCGAUUACGCGUUCGAGGAGCGCGAACAGGAACAACCGGACGGUUCAUGGGUGACCAUUUACACGGGACGGGUCCGCCGUCGGCUCACGCUGGUCCUGGACUGUGUGCACGCGCACGAGUUUUGCGACCGUUCGGGCGACUUCGUUACGCUGCAGAACUACAUUCCGACCGUCCGGGGCCACGAGUUCGAAGGUCUGCAGAUCUUCUACGAAGUGGUACGGGUGGUGGAACAGAUUCACGAUCGCAACGUCGUGCACCGCGAUCUGAAGCUGAACAAUAUCGUACUGAACCGGCGCACGAAGCGGGUGGUGCUGACCAACUUCUUCCUCGGCAAGCACCUAAUUAACGGCAACGAGUUGCUGUACGAUCAGCGCGGCAGUCCGGCCUACAUCUCGCCGGACGUGCUCGCUGGAAAGCCGUACCGAGGGAAGCCAUCCGACAUCUGGGCCCUCGGUGUCAUUCUUUACACGCUCAUCUACGGAAGGUAUCCGUUUCUGGACAACACGCCGGCGGGCCUGUUUCGGAAAAUCCGUGAAGUAGAUUUCACGAUUCCGAGUGUUCCCAAGAUGUCGGAAAGUACCAACAUACUGAUCAAGGCGAUGUUAGUGCACAAUCCGGACGAUCGCUUCACCGCUACCGAGGUGCGCGUGCAGCUCGAGCAGAUACUUCGCUCGAUGGCACCGGCCCGUACCAAGAGCGAUCAGCUGGUGCCGGAGUUUGCGGAGCGCUCGGCCGGCCGUGCUGCCGGUGAUCACGCGCCUCCGGACACUCCGGCACUGACCGGCGCUCCCGAGGUCAAACGCCUAGCAUCACCACCAAAGCACGAACUCUCGACGGAACCAUUUUCGCGCAUUCUCGAGCAGUCCGCCAGAGACACUGUGCCCAUCGGUGGCAACACUGCUGCCGCUGCGGCUGCUGCUGACCAAAGACGCGAAGGCGAAGCGGCGUACGUGGAACCAAAACCGAUGGCGGUCCAGAGGAUGAACGCGACGCUGCGUCUAAUACCGCCUGGCCCGGGUCAGUCCCCGUUUGCGCCGAUUGUGUCGCCCGCGGUGCAAUCAUCGAGUGCGCUUGAGUUGCUGCAACUGGCCAGCUGUGGUUCGUCGCCGCCUGCCGCUGCCGGUGGACGUGGGCAGCGGAAUCGAUUGAAUUUCGAUCACGUUCCGGCGCGCUUCCGCCCUUACACUAUUCCUGCAGCGGGCCGCGGGGCCGGAGGUACGCUUACUAUCCUGCACGGGGGUCCAGGACGCCGUACCGCGGGGAGCGCUGAGUCGAACAGCAGCAGCAACGAGAGAAGCCACUUUUAUCAAACAAUGCACCUGCUCGGCCAGUGGCCAAUCAACUUCCCGCCGGCUAGUGUACCGCCGCUUCGGUCGGUAAGCAACGCCAACGAAUCGCCAACAGCCACGGCCAGAACACAGCCGUCCGAGUCGCUGAUGGCUCUGGUGGCUGCAAUACGGAGCAUAUACGCCAUCCUGUCGGAGCGUGCCCGCAAAGGGCGCGGGGUGACAGUGGCCGGCACCGGGCAAGCUGCCGAAGUGGACGCAACGCUCGAUUUCACCGGAAUCGUUACGCCCGAGAUGGCCGACAAAAUUGUUUCCUUUCUGAUCGUCCAUGUGCGCCACCACGAGGUGGUCACGGCCGUUUUCGGGAAUGCCGGCAGCAAUGGUCGGGAUGUGGAAAAUCGCGUCCACAGUCUGCUCGAGCUGCUCCGCCAGCUGGGCGUCCGGAUGGAGGCGGACGGAGGCGGGCGGAUCGUGAUCCGGCCGGAACAAACGCGCGAACGGCUGAUGCUUCUCGUCUGUUUGCUGCGCAUCGCGGGUUACAAUGAUGGCUACUUUAAGCCAACCUGAUUCGGGGCGGCGCCAGGGGCCAGGCUAGCGAAGGGAUAGGGAACGCAUCCCUAGCAUUGAAUUUGAGGGGUUUUAUUGCUACAUCCGUACUAGUGAUAGAGUCUUAGGACCGUGUGUCGACAUACGGACAAACAUUUACACAAAAAGGGUUUACUAAUCUUAGAGGGAUCAUUAUUCAGCACUUACAAAUAUUGUAGUGAGUGACCACUUGCUUUAUUUUUUAACCAACCAACCAACCAACGGAAGCACGGCAGGAGAAAAGGAGAACACACAAAAUACUAUUCUUUAUAUAAAUAAAGUAA